AUCAAAGUGCGUUGGGGAAAAUCAUAAAGUAAAAAUUAUAUUCCUGAUAAAAAUCAUUUGCGUAUCCGGAAAAAAAUUAAAAGUAUGGGUUUGGACGAAGUAGGAAAAUGCGUUGCUCCAGGACAUAGUGGGGAAUGGAAUUCACUGUAUUUUAUCCUAGGCGUAAUUUUAAUGCCAGUUGCUUUGCCUUUUGUUCUGAUGAAAUAUUUUUAUCGACUCCGAAUUAAAAGAUACCGCAAUGAAUUAGCUGAAAAGGUUGUACUGAUAACUGGGGCAAGCUCUGGUUUGGGAGAAUCUUUGGCACAUACAUUUUACAAAGCCGGCUGCAAAAUAAUAAUAGCAGCAAGACGAAUUGAGGAAUUGGAACGCGUUAAAAAAGAUUUACUAGCCUUAGAUGUGGGCACCGUUACAUUUCCUCCAGUUAUCAUACCUUUGGACUUGGCCGAAUUAAAGGAUAUUCCCAUUUUCGCUCAAAAAGCAUUAGAUGUUCACAAUCAAAUUGAUAUACUUAUUAACAAUGGUGGUAUAAGUGUUCGAGCAACAGCUCUUUCCUCUGCUGUGGACGUUGAUUUAAAAUUGAUGGUCGUCAAUUACUUUGGCUCAGUAGCUUUGACUAAAGCUAUAUUACCAUCAAUGUUAAAGCGGAAAAAUGGACAUAUUUGUUUCAUAAGUUCAGUACAAGGAAAAUUUGCUCUACCUUAUCGUUCGGCGUAUUCUGCUUCCAAACAUGCUUUGCAAGCAUUUUCGGACUCUCUGCGUUCAGAGGUAGCUAACAAGGGAGUUCAUGUGACAUGCAUAAGUCCAGGAUACAUACGCACACAACUGUCUAUGAAUGCAUUGACGGCUAGUGGAGAAACUUAUGGAAAAAUGGAUAAGACAACAAGUUCUGGAAUGCGUCCAGAAAAAGUAGCUAAUCGUAUUUUACAUGCAAUUUUAUGCAAAGAAAAAGAUAUAAUGAUCUCAGAUUUACAAGCGAAAUUUGCAUAUUACGCUCGAUAUAUAUGGCCAUCCUUUUACUUUUGGAUAAUCGAAAAACGCGCACUGAGACUGGAAAGAGAGGAAGUUGCUGAGCAAAAGAAAGAAAAAUGAGCAGGCGGAAUAUCUCACCGAAAUAUAUUAUUGAACAACAACUGUGGAGGAGGGGUUAGAGUAGUGUCCUAAAACUUUAUUUGAUUUCAAAUAAGACUAAAACGCACACCACAGACAUCAGGAGCAAAGCUAUACGCGUCAUUAAAAUAUAUGUAAAAUAAAUCUGACAACAUCCAAUAUAACAGUUUUUAAUUCAACAUUUUAAUAAUAGGUUUAUAUGUUCAUACAUAUAUACACAAAUCAGUUAUACAUUUUGAAAAGCUUGAUUUCUCUUAAAUAACUAUACAAAAUAAUUACCACUUAAAGUCAGUAUUCAAGUCCUUGAAUUGAAUAAUAUAGUACAAACGAAUAUAAAAUAUUUUCUUAUGUAAAUGAAAGCUUACCAAUUUACUGCACUCUAGCCCUUAUCGCAGAUUGUUGUAAAUUUUUAAGUCUUAUUUACUUUUAUACAGAUUUUGCUAAAUUUAUAAGGCGGUGUAGCCAUGGCAGCAGACAUAGGUUUAUUUUAAUGUUUAGAGUUUGGUCAUAAUAAACUCCACAGGUAUAU